AUCUCACCAUCACCAUCACCAUCCAUCGAAAAAAAAAUCCUCUCCUUUUUUUUUCAUCAUCAUCUUCUGAAGAAAUCUGAACCAAAAAAAUAUAUAUAUAUUCAGAGAAGAGAAGGGGAAGAAGCAGACAAGGAGAAGGGGGCAGAAGCAGAGCUUAGCUCUCCCCUCCUCCUCCUCCUCCUCCUCCCAUGGCGGCCGGGUGGGCCCGCCCUGCCGGCUUUGCCCUGCUGGUGGUGGUGGUGCUGGCGGCGGCGGCGAGCGCGGACAGGCCGGCGAGGGGCGGGCUGUCGGUGACGGCCGGGGCGGAGGAGUCCUCCGCCGUGUUCCCGCUCUACGGCGACGUGUACCCCCACGGAUUGUACUAUGUGGCGAUGAGCAUCGGCAACCCGCCGAGGCCCUACUUCCUGGACGUCGACACCGGCAGCGACCUCACCUGGCUGCAGUGCGACGCCCCCUGCGUCAGCUGCUCCAAGGUUCCGCACCCGCUGUACCGACCAACAAAGAACAAGCUGGUUCCAUGUGUGGAUCAGAUGUGCGCCGCUCUGCACGGUGGUCUGACCGGGAGGCACAAAUGUGAUUCACCAAAGCAGCAGUGUGACUAUGAGAUUAAGUAUGCUGACCAGGGAUCAUCACUUGGUGUGCUUGUCACUGACAGCUUCGCACUCCGACUUGCAAACUCCUCAAUCGUCCGUCCCGGUCUUGCAUUUGGGUGUGGGUAUGAUCAGCAGGUUGGGAGCAGCACUGAGGUGUCAGCUACUGAUGGUGUCCUUGGGCUUGGGAGUGGCUCUGUCAGCCUGCUUUCACAGCUCAAGCAGCAUGGGAUCACUAAGAACGUGGUUGGCCACUGCCUCAGUACAAGAGGUGGAGGGUUCCUCUUCUUUGGUGAUGACAUUGUGCCUUACUCGCGUGCAACGUGGGCUCCUAUGGCUCGUAGCACAUCCCGGAAUUACUAUUCACCUGGCUCGGCAAACCUUUACUUUGGUGGCCGGCCACUAGGUGUGAGGCCAAUGGAAGUAGUCUUUGACAGCGGCAGUUCAUUCACUUACUUUUCUGCACAGCCAUAUCAAGCACUUGUUGAUGCAAUUAAGGGUGAUUUAAGCAAGAACCUGAAAGAGGUACCUGACCACUCUUUGCCUCUAUGCUGGAAGGGGAAGAAACCAUUCAAAUCUGUUCUUGAUGUAAAAAAGGAGUUCAGAACAGUGGUAUUGAGCUUUUCUAAUGGCAAGAAAGCUCUCAUGGAGAUCCCUCCUGAAAACUACCUUAUUGUCACUAAAUAUGGGAAUGCAUGCCUUGGCAUCCUCAAUGGAUCAGAGGUUGGCCUCAAGGAUCUGAACAUUGUCGGAGACAUCACAAUGCAAGAUCAGAUGGUGAUAUAUGACAAUGAGAGAGGGCAGAUUGGAUGGAUCCGUGCACCCUGUGAUAGAAUCCCCAAUGACAAUACCAUUCAUGGAUUUGAGGACGGUUAUUGUUGGCCUCAGUUCCCCAACAUCAUUGGUUAUCAGAAUGAGCAGUCCGCAGUCUGUUACAGUUCAAUUACAAAAUGAGCGACAAGGGAAAAGGCCAUUAGGAUGAUAGAAGGACCAACCGUCAGAAGGAUGAACAUCAAAGGGAGGCUCUACACGGUAUUAUUAGGUGAAUGUAUUCUUUAGAAAAGAGAAAAUCUAGUUACCUGUAAACAUCAUCAUGUUCAUAUGAAAUAAAAUUAUGAUGUUCCUAUGAAACAGUCCCAGUCCCAGUCCCACUCUUGGUUGGCACAAAGUUCUUCCUGUAUACUUGUAAGACUGAAUAUAAUUAGUUCCACAAUCUGUUAUUGGCUGGGACUAUACAUUAUGUAGUCUAAUAUGCUAUGUAUAUGAUUUGUUAGCUGAUUCCUUAGUGUCAUUGAGUAAUCUGAACAUGUUUAUUAUCAGUAUCAUAGGGAAAGAAAACAAAGCAGUGCCUGUACAUGUUACAAUGUUCUAUUCCCUGAUAUGUUCGGUGUUCUUUUCA